AUGCCACUGCUAAACACUAACUUCGCCGGCUUCAGCCUGACAAUAUCAACGUUCAUGCGCAAUCCAUCGCUUCUGAUACCGCAUCUCAUCAUUCCUACCUUUUUGCAGCUACCGGAUGAUCUAUCCUAUCAUUUAAUUGACUCCGUUGCCCCAGAGGCGGCCGGGGCUCGACCACCCACCAUUCGGGCUCUGGUGAUUGACAAAGAUAACACCUUAACACCGCCUCAUAAGACCACUUUCCCGACAGAAUACUACGAGAAGCUGAAAAAAUUACGGACCAGCGAGUCCUCGCCUUUUAAUAUGAAUACUAACCCGGACGGUAUCUUGAUCGUUUCCAACACCGCUGGCUCUAAUCCUCGGAGUAAGCGGUACGAGGAGGACGCCCGGAAAUUAGAAGAAUAUUUGGGAAAGUUGAAGAUCAAAGUGUUUAGGUCUCCUGCUGGGACGUCGGCGGUGAAGAAGCCGUUAUCGUAUGCGGCAGUUUUGGAGUACCUGAAAGGGAAUGGAGUGGUGGAUAGGGCGGAUGAGGUUGCUGUGGUUGGUGACCGGGUGGGAACGGAUGUCCUUAUGGCUUCAUUGAUGGGGUCAUGGAGCAUUUGGACGAGGGAUGGGGUGACGCAGGAUAUGAAGGGGAGAGAGGGGAAGAACUACCGUGGUACCCUGGCGGGCGUGGAGAGGUAUUUAGUGAGAAAGCUGCAGCGGAGCGGAGUCGUAGCUACUCUGCCGAAGUCAUGGCAACAUCUUUAG